AUGUCCGUGGAGGUCGAAGAGGGACGAAAGUCAGACUCAAAAAGAAGAUGCGCGAGACUGUUUUGGCGUUUGUUUCCUCAUGUUUUCCUCAUUUUAUCACUCAUCUUAUAUGCGGUUUUAGGCGCGCAGAUCUUUCAACACAUUGAGAAGAAACCAUUCAGUGAGCCGGAGAACAUCAGUGUGGUGGCGCGUAAAGUGGUGGAGACGGUGCAGAAUCACACAGAUGCCUCAACACAGGAAGCGUUAUUCAGUAAAAUAGAAAAUAUGUUGACCAAAUUCCGUAAUGAAAGGGAGUAUCAGAACUGGAGCUUCUACGGUUCGCUUUUCUUCUGCUGUACAUUGUUCACUACUGUAGGUUAUGGACAAAUGUAUCCAGUGACUUAUGAAGGCAAGGUGGGUUGUAUCCUGUAUGCGAUGGUGGGCAUUCCUCUCAUGCUGCUAGUCAUCUCAGAUGUGGGAGAUAUCUUAGCUGUUCUUCUUUCUAAAGCGUACUCUCGCCUCAGCCUGUUCUUCAGAGAACGGAAGUUACAUUGCUCAUGCAUUCACAGGCAUGAAAAGGCAUCAUCUCCAAAACAAGUUCAAGGUGCUGAUACCGACGGCACCUAUAUAUUCAGCCUGGAUGUUGUGAUGCACGAGACAAGGAACAUUCAACAGGUGAUAAAAACCCAGUCGUCCCUCAGACGCACUUCCUUGCAGAUACGUAACAAAGAGAUCUUUGACCGCAUGAUUAUUAAGGAGAACUUCAAGCUCAAAACCGCUCUGACAAAAUCUUGCUCGUGCCCAGACCUCGACCGUAUGCCACCCACAAAAGCCAGCUCCAAGUUAUUCAUUGGCAUUGGACAGGAGAUGGACCGCUUUAAAGUCCCUCUGCUGGUCAUCUUGCUGGUAGUAUUUGCGUAUAUGGUGGUCUGCAGUCAAAUUCUGAGAUGCUGGGAGAAGCAGAUGGACCAUUUUGAUGCCUUUUAUUUUACCUUCAUCACCUUGACCACCAUUGGCUUUGGGGACAUUGUGCCUGAACACCCAAAUUACUUCAUGGUUACCUUUUUGUUUAUUAUCACAGGCAUGGCCAUUAUGAGUAUGGCCUUCAAACUCGGCCAAUCACAAAUUGUUAGCUUUUACAGGCGGUGCAUGAAGUCUGUUAGCAUGGGCAAGGUAGGAAUACACAAAGACCUAGACAGUAACUGAA